CAACGAUAAAACAGAAUAAACCCAACCGUUUUACUCCAACUCGGAAAAUAAAAUUCAAUUAAAAUGGUGGUUCUUCAAUCAGAUCUCCGUUCGGGUACCAUCUUUCGCCUCAUUCCGUUACGUUCCAACCCGGAUCAGCCUCGGACAUCGGUUCGACUCAGUACGUGGAGAGCAUCAUACGGUGGUGGCCGUGGCAUGCAAGCCGCGAAGAGAAACGACAAUGCGGUGAAGCUGGAAAAGAUGAAGCCUAAGAUCUGUACGGCCGAUGAGCUCCAUUACGUUCCCGUUUCGAACUCUGAUUGGCGUCUCGCUCUCUGGCGCUACCUGCCUUCUUCCAAGAGUCUACGAAGGAAUCACCCGCUGUUGCUAUUGUCAGGAGUUGGAACUAAUGCCAUUGGCUAUGAUCUUUCUCCUCAGUCGUCAUUCGCACGCUUUAUGUCUGGCCAAGGAUUUGAUACAUGGAUUCUUGAAGUUCGAGGUGCUGGGCUGAGCACACAUGGAGAAGACUUUAGAGAAGUUACAGAGACUCUUGAUGAUUCUGAUGUCAGAUCGGUUAAUGUGAAAACGACAGAGAUGUUCUCUGAAAAUGAACAAUCGAAAUCAGCAUCUAAAUUAUCAGAAAUUGUUAUGCAAUUAUCUGAAAGACUUUUAGGCUUUCUGAGUGAAGGUCCCCAGUCAGUUACACCUCAGUUAUUUGAGUUGCACGAGAGGCUUUCAACGUCAAUAGGAGGCUUCCGGAGACAACUUGACUUGAUCAUGAAGAAUGAUUGGGACUUCGAUCACUACCUGGAAGAGGAUGUUCCUGCUGUGAUGGAGUACAUAAGAACCUUAAGCAAGCCAGAGGAUGGCAAAUUACUUGCAGUUGGUCACUCCAUGGGAGGAAUCCUGCUAUAUGCUAUGCUAUCACGAUAUGGUUUUGAAGGAAAGGAUUCUGGGUUGGCAUCAGUCACUACUUUAGCAUCGUCACUCGACUACAGGCCUUCAAAAUCAUCACUCAGAUUGCUCUUACCUCUGGCAGAUCCUUUACAAACCCUAAAUGUUCCAGCCGUCCCACUUGGAGUGAUUCUUGCUGCAGCUCAUCCUUUUGCAUCCUAUCCUCCCUAUAUCUUGUCUUGGGUAAAGGCACACAUUUCUGCAGUGGACAUGAUGCAUCCUGACUUAUUUGAAAAGCUUAUUUUCAACAACUUCUGCAACAUACCCUCCAAGCUUCUCUUGCAGCUAUCAACCGUCUUCCAAGAAGGUGGAUUAAGUGACAGAACCGGGACUUUUUUUUACAAGGAUCACCUAGGCAAAAGCAAUGUCCCAGUGUUGGCACUUGCCGGAGACCAAGAUCUAAUUUGUCCAUCUGAAGCUGUGUAUGAAACUGUGAAGCUCUUUCCUAAGCAUUUGGCUACUUACAAAGUUUUUGGAGAACCCAGUGGUCCACAUUAUGCUCACUAUGAUUUGGUGGGAGGGCGUUUGGCGGUUGAACAAGUUUAUCCAUGUAUUAUUGAAUUUCUCUCUUGUCAUGAUAUGACUUAAUACCUACGAUUCUCCACUCGACGAAGUUAGAAUCUCCGAGAGGAGAAGAGUUCCGAUCAAGAUCUGAAUCAGUAUGAAAUGAGAGGUAAAGAACCAGUUUCUGCAUGGAUGACCUGCUAUGAACAUUGGUUGUAUAUAACAUAGAAAUGUAAAGAUAUAGUAUAUAUACAAGAGCAAUUAAUAGUCAUCGUACCCAAAAAAUAAAAAUGUCAAUUGUACAAGAUCAGGAUUGAACUUCCAUAGCAAUAUAAAACUAUAUCAAACGUA